AAAAGAAUCUUACAUAAAUAGAAACCAAGAAAAAAAUAUUGCAUGCGACUUUGUUGGGGUUAAAUACUGAAUUUAACUUAAAAAGUUGUAGGAUAAUGUUAUAGAAGAGGGUGAUCGAAUUCGAAGUGGCACAGUGCUGAGAGCAGCAAUGGUUUUACACUCUCUCUGUCUUUCUUCCUGUCCCUCCAACAACAACCUUAUUCUCCCCAACAACAACCUUAUCUUCAGGAACAACAACAAUAACACUAUCACUACAAGGGCAGUAAUCCUUAACCAAAAAAGAGACUUUUCAACUUCUUCUCUAAAACCCACUUCACAAACCAGAAGAGAUUUGACACUGUUAGGCCUCACUUCACUAUCUCUAACAUGCUUUCCAUUCUCUGCUACUCAUGCUGAAGAACAAGAACAAGAACAAGAACAAGACACUAAAAUGGCUUCUUUUAUAGAUGAAAUCAAUGCCUAUUCUUAUCUUUACCCUCUUGAGCUUCCUUCUAAAAAACUUGUCUUCAAAUGGGUAGAAUCCCGAAAGCCAGAACGAUAUUCGUCAGCUGCACCACUUUCUCCGAAUGCACGGCUACGUAUUGUGUCUGAACGUCUUGAUAUCUUUGACAAUGUCAUCAUUUCCGUCACGAUAGGCCCUCCAAAUGCAAGCCUUAUAAACCUGAAGGAUAAGAGCAAAUGGACUGCAAAAGAUGUUGCUGAUUCAGUUUUAGCUGACAAAUUUUCAUUGCGAGUUACCUCAACUGAACGAUCUGCUGAGAGUUCAGUCCUCGACGCACAUACUGAUGAAAUUAAUGGUGAACCUUAUUGGUACUAUGAAUACCUUAUCCGUAAAUCGCCUACUACACUUUCUGAAGAAUCCGCAACUUACCGGCAUUAUCUCUCUUCAACAGCAGAAAGAGAUGGUUAUCUGUACUCGAUCAGCGCUUCAACCCUCAGCUCGCAGUGGAAAGAAAUGGGGCCUUUGUUUCAACAGGCAGUGAGUUCGUUCCGCCUUGUCAGUCCAACAGAAAACUAUGUUCCUCCUUUCAAAGAUCCCUGGAGAUUUUGGUGAAAACUCAAAUUUUGUUAUUGUAUUCAUGUAGUAACCUGUGCGCGGUGAAAAAAAUUCAUGUAAACAUAUUACGUUCUUUGAAGACCGAAAUUUUGAACGACAUCUCUUUAUUCAUCAUCGAGCUAUUUCAGUAA